AUGGUGCACUCUAAAGUAGUCAUUAUCGGCUCCGGCCCCGGUGCCCACACUGCCGCUAUCUAUCUCUCCCGCGCAGAGCUCCAACCAGUUCUCUACGAGGGCAUGCUCGCCAACGGCACCGCCGCUGGUGGUCAGCUCACAACGACCACUGACGUCGAGAACUUCCCCGGAUUCCCCAACGGUAUCGGUGGUGCCGAGCUUAUGGACAACAUGCGCGCACAGUCCGAGCGCUUCGGCACCGAGAUCAUCACUGAGACCAUCUCCAGACUUGACCUCUCCUCCCGGCCAUUCAAGAUGUGGACCGAGUGGAACGACGAUGAGGGCAGCGAGCCCGUUCGCACCGCUGACGCCGUCAUCAUUGCCACAGGUGCCAACGCCCGCCGUCUGAACCUCCCCGGCGAGGAGACCUACUGGCAGAACGGAAUCAGUGCCUGUGCUGUCUGCGAUGGUGCCGUGCCCAUUUUCCGUAACAAGCCUCUCUACGUCAUUGGCGGUGGUGACUCCGCCGCCGAAGAGGCCAUGUUCCUCGCCAAGUAUGGUAGCAGUGUCACUGUUCUUGUUCGCAAGGACAAGCUCCGUGCCUCUAAGGUCAUGGCCGACCGUCUUCUUGCACACCCCAAAUGCAAGGUCCGCUUCAACACUGUUGCCACCGAGGUUAUCGGUGAGAGCAAGCCCAACGGCCUCAUGACCCACCUCCGUGUCAAGGACGUUGUCUCUAACACCGAGGAGGUCGUUGAAGCUAACGGUCUUUUCUACGCCGUUGGUCACGACCCCGCCAACUCUCUCGUUAAAGGUCAGGUUGAGCUCGAUGACGAGGGAUACAUCGUCACCAAGCCCGGUACCAGCUUCACCAACAUCGAGGGUGUCUUCGCCUGCGGUGAUGUUCAGGAUAAACGUUACCGCCAGGCCAUCACCAGUGCCGGAUCUGGCUGUGUCGCCGCCCUCGAGGCUGAGAAGUUCCUGUCCGAGACCGAGACACACGAGGAGGCCAAGCCUGCACUCUAA